AUGAUCAACUAUGACUACAGCGAGCAGGAUAUACUUUCCUUCUACAAUCUCCAAGCAGUGGAUCCUACUUCUAUUCUGCAUCUUAAUCUUAACAAAGAGGAAGAUAUAGCCCCAGAGGAAAUCAAUAAGUUAUCAAAAGAUGAACAAUUUGCCAUUUUGAACAGAUUGGUUAAC